AUGGUGAGCAUCCGUGUGCGUCUUGAAGAGUAUGCAUCGUCGGGUAUCGUAGUAGAUCCCAAAGACGAGAAUGAAACUUCAUCUCGAAUUGCAGUGCGACCAACAAACAAAAGUAGAGCUCCGCAUUCAACCUCCGCUCGAAGCGCAAGCACAUCCCACCGCCAAAACGACAAGUAUAUGAACGCAUUCGACACAGCGUUUAAGGAGCUGUCAAUGCAAAAGAUGGACCAGGUAGAUCAUGAUAUUGUUAGCACAACGUUAACACCAUCGCACUGUACUUCUGCUGCACAAGAAUCGCAAAAACUAGCUAUGCAUACGUCACCUGAUGUUCGAAAGGUGGAGCUCAGUAAUGCAUGGAUUAAUGGGCCACCAUCUCGUCUAGCUCGCUCUCGAACACUUUAUUCGAAACAAUAUGGUCAUACUGAGUGGGUCACUUGCGCUACAUAUUUAACAGAUCGACGAAUUGUCAGCGGCGGUAUGGACAGUAAACUUUGUCUAUGGGAUUCAAAAAGUGUAAAGUGUGAGGAAAUGCUCGGUCAUAGUGGAUCAAUAUCUUGUGUACUGAAUCUGAAUGACGAAAUGAUUGUGAGUACGGGGUAUGACAAAUUGAUGCGACUUUGGAAUGUUGGUCGUCGUGUAUCAAGCCGUCAACGCGAGAUUAGCGUUAUGCGGGCAGGAACGGCUCCAAUAUUAGAUGUGUCAUUGCUUUUCGGAGGUCAACGACUAGUGUCUGGCGAUCGUGAUGGGGGUGUACAAUUACUUGAUUAUCAUGCAAAUCAAAUGGUUUGGAAGCAUGCAAGUGCUCAUAAAGGGCACACUACAAGUGUGUUAGGUAGUUCUAGCGACAUGUUCGCAAGUUGCUUUUAUACAGGAGGACAGGAUGGGAUAGUGAAUGCAUGGGAUUCAAGACAAGAGAAGGCUGUUCUUGCAUUGGAGCUUCAUCUUGAUUCACGUAAUCACAAGAAAGGUGCCGUAAGUUUUAUUCGCGAGCCAAGUGAAGACCCAAAUGUGCUUGUUACUGCUGGUGCAGACGGAGUUGUUAAUGUAUUAGACAAGAGACAAUCAUUUCGCAUCAUGUUUAGCUUCUCAGAGCACUUGGACUUUAUUUAUUCGCUUCAUCUUCGUGGAACCUUGUGCUUUAGUGGUGCUGGAAACGGAAUGCUCCAUGUUCACAAUUGGGAAACUGGUAAAUUGUUGUAUGGAUUGGGAGCAAACCAAGCAGCGAUUAGAGCAAUUGCAACGUCGAAAGACCAACUUGUCGCUGCUGGUGAUGACGGUGGUGUCAUUGUUUAUGACAUGAAAUGA